GGCCUCGCGUGACUCGCAGGCUUGGGGAACUUUCCGCGGCUCAGCCACCGCCCUGCAGUCUCCGCGUUUGACUGAAAGCGAGUGCAGCCGGAGCCUCCGGCCGCCCCGAGGGUGCCGCGGCCGCCGCGGGGAGAACCCGGGCAGGUGCGCGCCGCGGGCGGGGGCAAAGUUGCAGCGCAGCCUCCCGCCCUCGCGCGCCCAGCACUCACUGCUUUCCUGGCAUUUCCCUGACGUGGGUGAUCAGCACGGAACCGCCACCUUCUGCAUCUGUGGAUGUACUCCAUGAAUUCCAGUGGUACCUGUGACAUUUGUCCAGCAGAAUUUGUCAAACACACGAAGCAAAGGUGGCGUGAGCUGCUGGAUGGGUGUACCCCCGAGAGUCUGUGUCGCAUCAAGUGGGCACAUGCACCAUGUCAUCAUGUGUCUCUAGCCAGCCCAGUAGCAACCGGGCCGCCCCCCACGAUGAGCUGGGGGGCGGAGGCGGCAGCAGCAGCGAAGGCCGGAAGCCCUGUGAGGCCCUGCGUGGCCUCUCGUCCCUGAGCAUCCGCCUGGGCAUGGAGUCCUUCAUCGUGGUCACAGAGUGUGAGCCGGCCUGUCCUGUGGAUCUCAGCCUGACCAGGGACCGGCCCCUGGAGGCAGAUGGCGGCGAGGUCCCGCUUGACGCCUCUGUGGCCCAGGCCCGGCCCCUCCUCUCCAGCCGCAAGCUCUCUCUGCAGGAGCGGACCCAGCUGGACGCAAAUGGGCGUGGUGUCUGCCCGGCUCUGCCCCACUCGCCCGUGGGCUCCCCGCAGUCCUCACCGCGGCUGCCCCGGCGGCCCACCGUGGAGUCGCACCAUGUCUCCAUCACCGGGAUGCAGGAUUGUGUGCAGCUGAAUCAGUACACACUGAAGGAUGAAAUUGGAAAGGGUUCCUAUGGCGUGGUCAAGUUGGCCUACAAUGAAAAUGACAAUACCUACUACGCAAUGAAGGUGCUGUCUAAAAAGAAACUGAUCCGACAGGCGGGCUUCCCACGUCGCCCCCCACCCCGAGGCACCCGGCCAGCCCCUGGAGGCUGCAUCCAGCCCAGGGGUCCCAUUGAGCAGGUGUACCAGGAAAUUGCCAUCCUCAAGAAGCUGGACCACCCCAAUGUGGUGAAGCUGGUGGAGGUCCUGGAUGACCCCAACGAGGACCAUCUGUACAUGGUGUUUGAACUGGUCAACCAAGGGCCUGUGAUGGAAGUGCCCACCCUCAAACCACUCUCUGAAGACCAGGCUCGAUUCUACUUCCAGGAUCUGAUUAAAGGCAUCGAGUACUUACACUACCAGAAGAUCAUCCACCGGGACAUCAAACCUUCCAACCUGCUGGUGGGAGAAGAUGGGCACAUCAAGAUUGCGGACUUUGGUGUGAGCAACGAGUUCAAGGGCAGUGAUGCCCUCCUCUCUAACACCGUGGGCACACCCGCCUUCAUGGCGCCCGAGUCACUCUCAGAGACCCGGAAGAUCUUCUCUGGGAAGGCAUUGGAUGUUUGGGCCAUGGGUGUGACACUGUACUGCUUUGUGUUUGGCCAGUGCCCAUUCAUGGAUGAGCGGAUCAUGUGUUUGCACAGUAAGAUCAAGAGUCAGGCCCUGGAAUUUCCAGAUCAGCCUGACAUAGCCGAGGACUUAAAGGACCUGAUCACCCGCAUGUUGGACAAGAACCCAGAGUCAAGGAUCGUGGUGCCAGAAAUCAAGCUGCACCCCUGGGUCACGAGGCAUGGGGCGGAGCCGUUGCCUUCGGAGGAUGAGAACUGCACGCUGGUCGAGGUGACCGAAGAGGAGGUCGAGAACUCAGUCAAACACAUUCCCAGCCUGGCUACCGUGAUCCUGGUGAAGACCAUGAUUCGGAAACGCUCCUUUGGGAACCCUUUCGAGGGCAGCCGGCGGGAGGAGCGCUCGCUGUCAGCGCCUGGAAACCUGCUCACGAAGCAAGGCAGCGAAGACAGCCCUCCGGGCCCCGAGCUGCACCUCGCGGGGGAGGAGGAAGUGCUCUUGUGAAAGGCGGCCCCUGUGAGGGGAGUUGGGGGCCCCCAGCCCCUGGCUCCCGUGCACGCUCACCUCCUUCGCGGCCGGAUGAGGCGAUGGAGUAGCUGCCGGACCGCGACCUCGCAUGUCCCGCACCUCACCUCAGCAGCUGCGCCCUGCGUUUCCAUAGCAGCAUGUCCUACGGAAACUGAGCACGUGUGUAGAGCCUUGACCGUCAUCUCUGGUUGCUGUGUUGUUUUUUCCGUUUGUUUGAUUUCUUAACCGUUUUAAAGGGGACAAAAAACACAAAACAACAAAAAAAGACUUGACUCCAUGACAUCGACCUUGGCCGCUGGCUGGCUGAAUGGGCGGGUAUGAGGAGUUGCAGACCCAAAGCCACGUGCAUUUGGGGACAAUUGCUUUUUAAAACGUUUUUAUGCCAAAAAUCCUUCCUUGUGAACUCAGAAUCAUGUCAGAUAUACCAAGUGAAUGUGUGUGUGUGUGGGGGGGGUUGAAAAUCAGCCCAAACUGACAGAAAACUGGUGGUGCGGUCUGAGACCACACCCACAUUUGAAGGGGGGGAUGUAACUUGGUGCAGAACUCAAACCCCAAACCGUGGCACCUUCUAGAACCAUGGACUCAAGGAGUCAGGACAGGGCUAGCCCUCAGUAAACUGCAGGGAGCUUUGCUGCAACUUACUCCUAAGAAGGACUUUACAAAUUUUUUAUGAGUAAAGUUGUAGUCAGGAAAGGGCUUGAUGCUUAAUAGCUUCCCGGAGGGGGAUUUUCCGACCCCAGAGGGGCAUUCGGUGGUUGUGGGGGGACAGGUCCCCUCUAAAGGUCUGAACGAGUGUUUAUGACAUCGGCUCAAAGCUGGAAUCUUUCUUAGUUGACUGAGGAGCUCUGGUAAGUCUCUUGUUAAAUGACAAAAACUUCAGGGUGAAAUCCUACACUUCCAUGUACAUUACAUGGCUUAGGAGUAAAAACAAACAAAAAAUACGUUCAGUUCUCUAACUAGUCUGAACUCUAGAGCAGUUCAGAAAUCAUUUCGAGCUUCCAGGAUAUAUCCCACGGCUUCAGGUAUGUGAGAGCCAGUGAAAGCUAUGCCUGUAUAUUUAGCAGCUCUGCUUGUUCAUAACCCAUGUAUUCUAGAGACGGCUAAGGUUUUCUUUCCUUCUUAAAUACUAGCUGAUUGCUGUUAAUGAAACACUUAUCUAGUUUCUGGAGGGCCAGAUUGGAGGUACUUUCCUUCAGCUGAGACGCAAAUGACCAUUCCUCACAGGCAAAGCUCUGUUGGGAUCUCUACGGUAACUUUAGGGCACCCUUUGAGAGAUGAUGAUUGAAACGCAGAGCACUCCUCAGGGCCCCAGGGAACCAGAGCUUGGCACGAGAAGUUCCCUUUUGUGGCCAAAAGUCUGGAAAGAAAAGGUUUACUUUUUUGACUUUCCACUGACGUUGGGAAGUUUGGUUGCAGUUCAAGUAUGAUUUCUUCCAGAGCUACAUGUGGGUGAGCGUGAAGUUCUAGGGGGAAGAAAGUUGGAAGGACUUCGAAUAGGGAAUUCCCAGUGCUUUGUGGAAUCUGGCUUGGGGGAAACAGGGUCUUUCAUGGGCUCAGAAGGAGUGCUUUUUUGUAGUUUCUAUCUACUCAGUGUUGGUAGGAGGGCUUUUUGCAGAGAGACAGAGAAGCAGACCAGGUGCCUUCCUGCCCAGCACGUUCACAGAGCCCCAGUGUUCUUGGCCUCCCUAGAUCUUCCUAAGCUCUUGACUGUGGUUUAGCCAGGCUUCUCUUGCUCUCUCAUAAGCAGUACUGAAUUAGGGAAUGCUGGUUUCCAAGAGCAAAGGUACACCCUCUGCUGCAGGGGCCUCUGGCCUGCUUUCUUUCUGUUUGUAACCUAGCACUUCCUCUUGCCUCUUGGACUUGUUUCAGUUUACAGGCUCCACCCCUACUGGGAGCAAGUGGGGUCUGGUUAGUUUGCAAUAAGCACCUUGCAGUGGUUCCUGUCAACCAGUCCCUAGUCUUAGUCCCAGCCUGUCUAUGUGGACUCUGGCCCGGCCUGUGCAGUGGCUUGCCCAGGGAGGGCGGGCAGCAUGCAAGAGCCUCUGCAGAACUGUGUUUACACAACCGCAUCGGGCAACGCCAUUUCUCCCACGAUGAAACUCUCCGGCUAAGAUUACAUGGCGUGGAAAGCCAGCGAGCAGGCAGCACCAUGAACUGUUGUGGGGGUGGGGGGGCAGGGGGCUAUGUUCAUUACUUUUUUUUUUAAAAUAAGAAACACCAAAGAAAGCUGUGGAAAGGAACUGCCCCACGGAGAAAAGUAUAAGCAGGGAGGUGUGUAACAUAAAGCAUUAGAGCUCCUUGGAGCACAGACUCCUGGGGUUCGUCUCCACUCUUAGAGCACAAACAUUGAUUUUUUUUCCCCCCAAAGUCAGCUCUGUUAGGAAAGGGCAGAAGCUGUGAUGAGCAGCUUUUCCAGGUGAGGAUACCCAUCCACCUCUUCCAUCACUGGCUCAUCAAUGGGACCAGUUUGAUGUAAGCAAGACAUGGCCUGCACCUGUGGCCUUGAAGGAAGCACACGUCCUCUACCCAUCUUCCUUCUGCCCUGUUCCACUCCCCCAUCUAGUCUGCAGCCUGGCCAGUGGCUCCCAUAAAGCCUUAUCCAGCCCCUCGUUGGCACUUGGGGCCGGAGAGGCUGUCUCCCCACUGGCCUGGGCUUUCCCGUGAGUUAGGGCUCCGUCCUCAAGUCCUUUCAAGGCAAGGAAGCGAAUAGCUGUGCAUUUAGAGACACAGGCCCGACCUGUCACUCUCACUCAUCUUCCAAAGGGGAGCUUCCCAUUGCCUGGGGGCGGGAAGAACCAAGACCUCCACUUGCUUCCAAGGUGCUAGGGAAAGUGUCAAGGUCGUCGAUUCUCAUCUUCUCUCAGCUUUACAGGCCGAGUUUCGCGGGACUGCUGACUUUUCUAUUCUGUGACUGAUUUCAUGCCCGAUGCUUCUGUUUUAUUCCUGAUCCUUUCUACUAUGCAUUUUCCUUUUAUCAGGUGUACAAAGUUAAAUACUGUGUAUUUAUCACUAAAAAGGUACAUGAACUUAAGAGAAUAUUAAGCCUUUGGUGUUUUUCCACAGAUGUUUAAGCUUCUCUGUAAACUUGAAAUAAACAGCAAAAUGGUGCAAAG